UGCACAGGUGUUUUCAUGGCUCCGGCCUACCUGUGUCUCUAUAAAGGUGAGACACGGACACAGUCAAGGCAGCAGCCACAGCAGCCCGCCACGUACUGCACACCUUCACGCACGCACGCACGCACGCACGAAAUGUUGUGGAUAACUUCUUUGCUUCUCUUGCUUUCUCUCCAGACAAUCUCUGCAACACUGCUGGAAGACCUGCAACACGUGACAGAGGCCCCAGCUAAACCACCAGCAACCCGCAGAUGUGACCCUGACUGCUCUGAUCCUAAUAACGAGGGUUUGGAAGUAGAAAACCCCAAAGAUUGCCACCAGUAUUACAUAUGCAUUGAUUCUGAACCUAUCGGGCCUUUAGACUGCCCUGACGGUGAAUAUUUUGACGCCACUUUGAAGGACUGCGUGACAAAUGGCCCCGAGGAAUGCACGCCCUCGUGUGGAGGAUCGGGUGGUAGCUGCACGUAUGAAUGUAGAUAUUACACUGCUUACGUGGCAGACAGAUAUGACUGCUCCACCUACCAUGACUGUGCUAGUGGCGCCGUGAUGCACUGUGGCCAGGAGACGCCGUUCUUUGACGGAGAGACGUGUCAGACUGAGGAGAAGUACUGCUGCCACUGCAACCCUUACUGCUACACGGGCGACAGAGGCAGGAAAGUGCUGGACCCCACGGACUGUACUAAAUAUUACUUCUGUAUAGAAGAAAAUGUUAUCCCUGACCUUUCCGGCCACUGUUCCAAAGGAAACUUCGACCCCUCGUCACAUGAGUGUUCCCUCACAGCCCCCUGCUUUGCCUUCUGCACCAAUGUUGUGAGACCAGACGGCUGCAUCGACACGUUCACAUGCCAAGAGGUGGGCUACUUCCCAGCGUGCGCAGACGAGUGCACGUCCAAGUACUACCGCUGCGGUGCUGGAGACAUUGGCUCAAUCGUGGCCGUGGACUCUUGCAGUGGGGAAACUGUGUUCGAUCCCAACGUGAAGCCUUGUGUGCAGUCUUCCCAGUGUUCCGCUGUGGAGUUGACUUAGGUAUCAGUCACCUCUCACACACACACACACACACACACACACACACACACACACACACACACACACACACACACACACACACACACACACACCAUGGUUUAAGAAGGCAUGAUUAGGGUGUGCAAACAUGUAUACAAAAAAUAAUAAAAUGAAUAAGCAAAGAGAAGAGAACAGCAACAGAAGAUGGGAUCAAGUUUCUCCAAUAUGUUUGACUGUUCGUGAUGCUUUCAUGGUGAAGCUGAUGGGCCCUAAAUAAACUCUAUAAACUUGC